AAGAGGGUGAUAUCUAAACAAAUAGAUGACAUCAGAAAAGUGCUGGGGGUUAUCACUUGAAAACGAGGUUGACACGCAAUCCAACCCCCUGCCCAUUCUUCCGCAUCCCAGAGUGUCCUUAUCCGAACGGAUUUUAUACAUAACGUGAACCGUUCGAAAAUAUGGCCCAACAAGGCGACGAUUUCAUAAAGUUCACGCCAGACUUCAUCACAAAGACCCUGAUAGGGAAGGUAAAAUGUGCACAAUUAGUAUUCACGCUUCUUGCCGGGGCUUGUGGCUCAUCAGUCAUCUCGUAUGGUAACGGCUACGGCUGCAACUGCGCCUCCAAAUUUGGUUUCUUCGACUUCGUUGCUUGGACCGCCUUUAUCAACGCUCUGAUUGACAUGAUCAUCCAUCUGCUUGGCUUGUGGGAGAGACUGCUGUGGAUUUUCCGCCAUCCUGCGAUUCAUGCAAUACUGUGUGUUCUAGCAGUGGUGGGUUUCUUGAUCGGCUCGUCGCUUGCAGCUUCGUGUGCCAAAGAAAUGUGUGUCACCAGCAAGAGCACUGCGGGAGCUGCUUCUUUUUUCGGUUUCGUUUGCCUCGCUCUGUUCGCAGUCGAGGCCAUCCUACAGUUUCAGGAAUACAGAGGGAUGCAACAGGAAGCGCGCCAUCAAUCUUCAGGGGAGACUAAGCAGCCAGAGUACAUAGAGCCUCCGCCAAGUGGGGUUGUAUGAAUGUUUCUUGUAGCGAAUCUAACAACAAUUUAUGAAGCUGUAGUUUUUUUGUAAACAAUUUCUGCACCAACUUUGUCAAGCGAUGUUGCAUGUCCGAGGAAACUGCACAAGACGGGGAUUGACGGUAUCGGGGACAAAGCUGUUAAGAAUACAAAGGAAACGACAUUGGGUAAAUAUGUAUUGUACAAUUGGUAUUCGUACAAUUGCAACACUUGGUAGCUCGACUUUUCGUAAAACGCAUGGCCGCAUUGUGUGUUCGUAAACUUUCAUCGUAGCAGAAAACUGUGUGAGAGAUCUAAGCUUAUAUUCAUUUGUUUGUCGAAGAUGUUGUCAUGAAUUGAUUAUUUUCGUCCUGAUCGUGCAUUGUAAAAGAUGGCAAGAUCAGUUAU